AUGCAAUCCAUGCUAGCACCGCAAAUCACUGCAAUGGAGAAUUUGUCCAUCCGAGACAAGCCAAUCCAAAUUGUGUGUGGCCCUUUAUUGCGUUACAUUGAUAUUGAUUACCGAAAGCGCAUUUGGCGUGGUUCCUGUCUUAUUGUCAUCAAUUCGUUUCGCCCGCCUUCACUCACACUUUUAUUAACGUCAAGCAAGACCAAUCGAGGUGAGAUUGUGCAUCCAGCCAGAGUCGAAACCAUCGACAUCUUUCGACAAGAAUACUACUUUUGGCGCUACGAACUCCUAUUGCCUCUACUAGAGGAACCGCAGACUGUGUCCUACACAAGCGACUCAUUCACAACCAAGCAAUUUCAGUUCCACUUACCAGCGAUCCAAGACUCGAUGCGAUUUAUGUUUUAUUCCUGCAGCGGCUUCUCAGAUAUUCCUCAAGCCGUCAAAGACAAAUUUGCAGAGAAAGAAGCGCCAUUGUGGCAGGAUGUGCUUGAUAGGCAUCAAGUGAUGCCAUUCCACGUCAUGCUGGGAGGCGGUGAUCAGCUAUACCAAGACAGGCUGAUUCACGAGGGUUUCAUGAAACCGUGGGUAGCAGAAAAAAUGCCGUCCAAGAGACUCGCAAUGAAGCUUCCACAAGCGAUGCGCAAUGGAUUUGAGCAUUUUUACUUUUGGAACUAUGUUGAAAACUUUGGGUUUGAGAAAAGCCCUAUUCAGGCACAAGCAUAUGCGCAGAUUCCAUCCAUCAACAUGUGGGAUGAUCAUGACAUCAUUGAUGGUUAUGGCUCCUAUCCUGCUGACAUGCAAUCUGCUGAUUGUUUCCAAGUGCUAUUUGCAAAUGCGUCUCGGUUUUACUAUACAUUCCAGCAACAUACAACAGUAGAGCGCGCAGAGAGAGACGGCAUGAUUCGUGGUGAUCUGCCUACGUGUCAGCAUAUCCUUACAACGCUGGGUCCCUCUAUUGGGUUCCUGUCCUUAGAUGCACGUGGAGAGCGCACAAAGCUACGGGUGUGUACGCAAACAUCAUAUGAUGCACUCUUCAAAGAGAUGCAAUCACGUAUGCCACCCACCGUUAAGCAUUUCAUGGUGCUGACAGGUGUGCCAUUGAUCUAUCCUCGCUUGACCUUAUUCGAAAAGGCAAUGGAGAGCGCUGCAAGCUUCAAUCUGGCCACACUGGCAGGAAAGACGGGCGUACUAGGGAACAUCAUUAGUGGACAGUUGAAUGAAUGGAACGGUGAUCCCGAGCUACUGGAUGAUAUGAAUGACCAUUGGACUGCAGGCAACCAUUUAGACGAAAGAAAAGAGUUUAUAAAGCGUCUUCAGGUUUUCGCCAAAGAAAAGUCGAUCAGGGUGUCGUUUUUGGGGGGUGAUGUACACUGUUGUGCGGCUGGAAGGCUGUUCUCCAAAGACAUGACAACAAAGGAGGAAGGAGACCCCUGUCUGAUGGUGCAAAUCGUCUCGAGUGCCAUUGUGAAUGUCCCUCCGCCUCAAGCACUGCUCACCGUACUAAACCAAAACUCGUCUUAUGAGACAUUUGACGGAAAUAUCGAAGAGAGAAUGUACAAUCUAUUCAAAUACUCUCCAAAUGGCAAUUCUAGAACAAACAAAAAACUCAUGGGCAUGCGCAACUACUGUGCUGGAUACCUUGAUGAGGACACUGGCAAACUGCACUUUUACAUCCAAGCGGAAAAAGAAGUAGGCAUCAAAGGUACCAAAGGGUAUCUCGUGGCUGUUCCCAAGCUAGUGUUUGGUAAAGUAGGCACUAAACUCCAUGCAAAGAGUCCAUUAGAGUAUCUGGCAGAUCUGAAGAAGCCCAUCACAGACAGCAACAUGCCACCACCACCACCUCAUCCAUCACAGCAACCUCGAUUUCCUGAACCGCAGUUCUUUUCGCAACCGUCACCACAACAACAAAGUGGAGUGAGACCACCGUUACCAAAUUUUGGAUCUGUAGGAGGUUUUAUUCGACCACUGCAAUGCUGGAAGGGUAGUCGUCAGCAGUAA